AUGCACUACGUUCCAAUCUCAUAAACAGAAAGGCGUAUAUCAAAGUUAAAACACAAAAAUAAAUAGAAGACUAUGUUUAUAAUAGUGGGAGCAUUACUAAUUUGUUUAAUAGCAAUGUUGGUGCUUAUUGUAUUAGAUGUUAAUAGUAUUGUUUUAUUAUAUAAGAUUAUGUUAAGAUUAACAGUAUAUUUUAAAUAUGGUAACCACAAAAUACAGUUGCUAUGGUUUAGACUUAAAGAGAUGUGAUAUAAUCGAAACAUAAACAGAUUGAUGAAGAAUUGUUUCAUCUUAAAUCUAUAUUUUAAGAGAAAGCAUAUAAAGAAGCCACAAAUUUAAAAUUACCUAUAAUAGAUAAGAAUGAAUAUUAAUAUUUCACUUUAUCAAAUGGAUUAAAAGUAUUAGUGAUAUAGGAUCCAGAAGCAAAAAUUGCAUAAGCAGCAUUAUGUGUAAAUGUAGGUUCAUGGACAGAACCAGAUGAAUAUCCAGGUUUAGCUCACUUUUUAGAACAUAUGUUAUUUUAAGGAUCAAAGAGUUAUCCAUAGGAAGGAUAUUUCUAGAAAUUGGUAGCAGAAGGAGGUGGAUCAACAAAUGCAUAUACUAGAGGAGAAGAAACAAAUUAUUAUAUGAAAAUAAAUAAUGAAAGAGUAGUGGAAGCUUUAUAAGUGUUUGCUCAUUUUUUUAUUGAUCCUUUAUUGNAUUGAAAUUAAUGAAACAUAUAAGGAUACUCCAACUUCUAAGCAUGGAGAUAGUUAGAGCAACGAAUUAGAUUAAACUAAUAAUUCUAUUCAACAAUAAGAACCAGAAUAAAAAUAUAAAUUUAAUGUCAUACCUUUAAAAGUAAUAAUUUAUAAUUAAAUUAUAGGUUGUGACAUUAACUGUAUUUCUUUUUAUAUUAGGUGUUAUUUUUGUUAUUUUUGGAUUGAUAUUUUUAAUAAAGAAUCCAAAAAAAAUUCAAUAAUACCUUUCUCUCUUGAUAGUAGGAAGUUUAAUGAUUAUUCCAGGAUUAUAUUAUAGUUGCUUAUUAAUUAAAUUUAUUAAAGCAGAUUCUAGAUCAGUUUAAGAAAAGAUCCUAAAUGAACUUCCAAUAGAUUGA